AUGCCGCAAAGGAGCCUGCGCCUCCUGCCGAGACUCAGGUCGAGCCUCAUGCUGAGGGUAACGAGGUUGACCAGGGCCUGGAAGGUGACUGAGACCAUCUCCUACCUGGUGCUCGGGACACUGACAUUGCAUAUAGCUUUGAUUACCCUUACUAUCAAGCUUCCUCACGAGCCCGGUCAAAUGCAGAUUACGGUCUCGCCUCAAGAACAGAUCCACGAAGUCCGACAGUCCAUCAUCGACCUACCUGUGGCGUUCCAGUACACUUGUUUCCACCUGGAGCACCAUGGCGAGCGUAUUAAUGACUUCCUUCCUAUUUCCGAAAUCGAGGGUCUCACCGAGGACCCUGAGGUCAAGCUGGUCGAAGACCCUUACACCGAGAAGGAGGCCCGCAUACACCUUGUUAGGAUUAGGGAGCUGAUUGGCGCCGCGGGAGACCGUACCGAUGCAGUCCAGGGUAUUCUGCCUGGCCUGUCCCUCCUUGACACUGUCGCGCCGCCGCCUGAAGAGCAGACCAACGGAGAGCUGCCGCAAGCUGCCAACGAAACAAAGGAGGACUACACCUUUGAUGCUCCUGUCCCUGUCUCGACCUUGCUGCCUCCCGUUGAGGAAGAUGAGGCCCCUAAGACGAUCAAGUCCAUUUCCCUCUCUGCUUGGAACCCGCCGCCUGUCCACCUUAAGCAAAGGGGGCACCUGCUGUACCUUGUGGCCACGACCAACGAGGGCGAGCAGCAUCAGAUCACCGCCCACGUUGGUGGCUUCUUCGUCAACAAGUCGUCCAACGCCAAGUUUGACCCUUUCCCUCGGCCAGCCCCUAAAGGUGCUUCGGCCCACUCCCUGCUCGGCCUCCUUGAGCUACUCUCGCCCUCCUUCUCGGCUUCAUUCGUCAAGUUGCAGGACUACAACAACCGCAAGGACCCUCUUGCGACCUUCCAAAUCACGAACGCGAUACCCGCUGCGCCAUGGAUUGUGCCGUCUUCAUCCUCUCCCCUAUGUGCCCACAGCCCUGAUUCGACACGGUCUCAGGAGACGUAUCUUAUUGCUGGCGCUGACAACACUGACACUCUGCGAGACUGGAAUGAAGAAUUUCAAUCUGCGAGAGAGCUUCCCAAGGAUACGGUCCAGGACCGUGUUUUCCGCGAGCGCCUAAUGUCUAAGCUCUUUGCCGACUACAACGAUGCAGCCACUCGCGGUGCCGUUCUCGUUGCUCGCGGUGAGAUCCCUCCCCUGAACCCUACGGAGUGCAAGGACGCCCAAAUCUUCGUGUACAACAACGUCUUCUUUUCCUUCGGCGCCGACGGGGUUGGUACCUUCACAUCCGAGGGAGGCGACGAGGCUGCUCGGGUUGCUACCGGCAAGGAUGUCGCUGGCGUUAGGUUGGUUAAUCAGCUUGAUAUCGACGGCCUCUUCACCCCUGCCACAGUUGUGGUCGACUACCUCGGCAAGCGCAUUGUUGGACAGAGCAUUGUGCCGGGCAUCUUCAAGCAAAGAGAGCCAGGCGAGAACCAGAUUGACUACGGUGCUGUCGACGGUAAGGAGGUGGUGGCCUCGGAUGAGCGGUUUGCCUCUGUUUUUGCGAAGCUGUCGCAGGCCCUAAAGGUCAAGAAGCAUGCUGUCUGGGACAAGGAUGGAAAGCGCGUUGACCUGGAGGCCAGCGUCGAGACCAAGGGUCUGAUGGGAACCGAUGCAAGGAAAUAUGUCCUCGACUUGUACCGCGUGACGCCUUUGGACAUUGAUUGGUUGGAGGAAGAAGGCGAGGCAGAAUAUCCUCAUCGGAUGGCUGUUCUCCGCCCCGAGCUGAUCGAUUCAUACGGAAGAAAGAAGAUGAAGGCUUGGGUUGACGAGGAGUUGGCUCGGCGUGGCCAGACCGCCAAGGAUGUGCCCAAGGAGGAAACACCGGCUGAACCCAAGCAGCUCAAGCAGAGUUCGGCUAAGGACGAGGAGAGCGACGACAGUGAUGACAGCGACGACAGCGAAGAGAGCGAGAGCGAGAGCGAAAGUGAGAGUGAGAACGAGGCGGAGCCAAGCAAAAAGGCUAUCAAGGCAGAGAAGUCCAAGGAAGUGAAGGGCACGGAGGCAUCGAAAGAGUCCAAGGAGUCUAAGGACCACAUCGACCUUUCCAAGUUUUCGUUCUCCCUCAACCCUGAUGUCUUCAGCGGGCAGACUCCCCAGACUGACGCCGAGAAGGCUGAAAUGAAGCAAGAUGAGGAGGAUGUCCGCCUCGCAUCCAAGUACCUUCGUGAGCAGGUCAUUCCUGACCUCGUUCGCGAGCUCACCGACUGCGACAUUAGCUUCCCCAUGGACGGUCAGUCCCUCGGCCGCCUCCUGCACAAGAGAGGUAUCAACAUUAGAUACACUGGCAAGGUGGCAGCGCUUGCCGAAGAUCCGCGCUUGCAGUGUCUGAAGGACAUUUGUGUCCAAGACAUGGUUGCUCGAUCUUUCAAGCACGUUGCCGCGAACUACCUCCGUCACUUGCCGGCGCCUUUCAGUUCGCCGUGCAUCUCUCACCUUCUCAACUGUCUCUUAGGUUACAAGCUGAACCCUAAGCCCACUGCGGAGAUUGACUCCGACCUCAAGUCGCUGUACUCUGAUGCGGACCUGUCAUUUCAGCAGGUGACUCCCGAGUCUCUUCGAGCCAGCAUCGCAGAGGAGGCCCUGAAGCGAUUCAGAUACAAGCUGGACUCAGAGUGGCACACCAAGGUCAAACAUUUGCAACUGCUUCGCGAGAUUUCCCUGAAGCUUGGUUUCCAGUUGCAGGCCAAGGAGUACAACUUCACUGAUAAGCCGGUUGCGCAGGCAACCCCUGCUGUUGCUCCUGCCACCAAUGGUACGCCCGCCAUUAACGGACAGGGCAACGGAGAAGGCAACAAGAAGAAGAAGAACAAGAAAGCGGCGGCCAAGGACGCAUCUCCGGUGUCCUCGACCCCACCGCCUCCCGCAACCACCUUCACUUCGGACGAUAUUGUCAAUGUCGUUCCUAUUGUGAAGCACUCCUGCCCUCGCAGUGCCCUCGCUGAGGAGGCCUUGGAGGCCGGUCGCAUCUCCAUCAUGCAAAACCAGCGUAAGCUCGGCCAGGAGCUUCUUCUCGAGUCGCUGUCUCUGCACGAGCAGAUCUACGGAAUACUCCACCCCGAGGUUGCGCGUGUGUACAACACUCUAUCCAUGCUGUAUUACCAGCUGGACGAGAAGGAAGCUGCCGUCGAGCUCGCCAGAAAGGCCAUUGUUGUUUCAGAGAGGACCGUCGGUGUUGACUCUGCCGAAACCCUGCUUAACUAUCUCAACCUUAGCUUGUUCCUUCACCAGGCCGGUGAUAGCACCGGUGCCCUGACCUUUGCCAAGCACGCGCUGAAGCUGUGGAAGAUCAUAUACGGUGCUGACCAUCCCGACUCCAUUACCACCAUUAACAACGGUGCUGUGAUGCUCCAGCAUCUCAAGGCCUACCACGAGUCCCGCCUGUGGUUUGAGGAGUCUCUCCGCAUCUGCGAGACCGUCUUCGGCAAGAACUCCAUCAACGCCGCCACCCUCCUCUUCCAACUCGCACAGGCCCUGGCUUUGGACCAGGACUCCAAGGGCGCCGUCAACCGCAUGCGCGAAUCGUACAAUAUCUUUCUCAGCGAGCUUGGACCAGAGGACAAGAAUACCAAGGAGGCAGAGAGUUGGCUGGAGCAGCUGACGCAGAACGCCGUAUCCAUUGCCAAGCACGCAAAGGACGCUCAGGCAAGGCGUCUGCGCGCCGGCAUCCGCUUUACGCCCAAGGGUGCGCCUUACCAGGCCUCCUCCACCGCCCCGAGCGUGUCGAGCGGACCGGCUAAUGUCGGCCCGCAGCUGGGCGGAUCAUCGCAGAUGGACUCGCGUAGCAUCGACGAGUUGAUCAAGUUUAUUGAGGGCACCGAUCAACAAAGCAAGACCUCAAAGGGAAGGCCGAGCAGAGGCAACCCCAAGAGGAGGGGCAAGUCUUCCAAGUAA